GCUGGCGUGAUACAGAGGAUCAUCAGAGAACCAGAAGUUUCCUGGAAGGUGAAGAGAAACAAGCAAGUAUGAGCCUGAUAAGAAGCGAUAGCUUGAAAGGUUCAUACAUCUAUCCCAGGAUGGGCAGUCUGGAGCAGCCACGGACGUUUCGAAAUCAAGAUUUUGAAGUGUUAAGAGAGUGGCACCUGAAGAAGGGCAUCCUGUUUUCAGAUGAAUCUUUCCCACCAAACAUAAACAGUAUUGGUUUGCGCCUGAAGAAUGAGUUCAACACUCACAAAAUAGAAUGGAAAAGACCAAAGGAAAUAUGUCAGGAGCCGCACUUCAUCGUGAAUGGGACCAGCUUAUUUGACAUUUGGCAAAGUAGGCUCGGUGAUUGCUGGGUAUUAUCCGCUAUUGGAUCAAUCACCUUGAAACCUGGACUAAUGGGAAAAAUCAUGCCACCAGAUCAGGUAUACACAAGAUCCUAUGCUGGAAUCUUCCAUUUUAGGCUAUGGCACCUUGGCGAGUGGGUCGACAUUGUGAUAGAUGACAGGCUGCCAUUCCUAAAUGGAAAGUAUUUGUCCGUGCAGCCAUCCUGCGAAAAUGAAUUCUGGCCUUGCCUUCUGGAGAAAGCGUAUGCAAAAUUUCUUGGUUCAUAUCAAAAUUUACACUGGGGAGAUCCUGCCGAUGCCUUCACAAACCUGACCGGUGGGCUGACCAUGACAUUUGAUUUAAGAGGCACCAAGGCCCAUCAUUAUUGGAACAUGAUUCAAUUUGCAAGUCCGGACACAUUGAUGGCCUGUAUCAGCGAUAUGCAGGAUCCUACAUCCAAGAUUCAAAAUAUAAAGCCGAGGUUCUACGCAGGCAACCGGAGGGGCAGUGUCCUUGACAACAAACUGGCAGAAAAUCCUCUCCUGGAGAACGGCCUCGUGGAACGUCAUGCCUAUUCUAUAACAGACUAUGCCAUGGUUCCCUUUAGAGAUACCAUUGUGAAGCUCAUUCGAGUAUGGAAUCCCUGGGGGUAUGGAGAAUGGAAGGGGGACUGGAAUGACAGGUGCCCCUUAUGGAAGGAACUCAGCGAGAAGGAUAGACUGAAGCUGCUGAGGAUCGGUGAAGAUGGAGAGUUUUGGAUGUGCUGGGAGGAUUUCAUUCAAGAAUUUUCCAGACUUAUUAUCUGCAGUCAAGUUCCUGAUUUUUUAGACUGGGGGGAUCAACCCAAGAAAUGGUACAGAAAAAUGUUCCAAAGCCGAUGGACAAAAGAUAGCAUGACUUGGAAUAAAAUAGAUACAGAUUUCUUGAACAGCAAUCCUCUGUACAACAUAAAGGUGACCGGAUCAGACAAAGUCAAGAGUGGAGAAAAUGUGGUCAUAUCUGUCAUGCAAAAUAGCCGGAAUCGGCAGAAGGCUGGUGAUUGGCUGCCGAUCGGCUUCUUGCUGUUUCAGCUCCCAGACUCUGAAGACAAACCUCUCAAUUCAGUCUUUACUCUGGAGCAAAUAUCCUCAAUAACUUCCUUCAAGAAGCACUAUGUCGUCAAAGCAUUCAACUUGGCGCCAGGGAGAUAUGGCGUCAUCCCUUACACCACACAGAAGGAGCACGAGUCUUCAUUCCUCUUUCAGGUUUUCCUGAAGAGUGACGACUGCACUGAUGAUAUGGGUUCUCAACAGAGUCUUAAGGGAUUGGAAGUGCCUACACAUGAAACUAUCUUCAAAAAUUAUGCCACCAAGGGAUCCAAAUUAUACUCCUGGGAUUUAAAACGACUUCUGAAUGACAUUGUUAGAAAAGAAUAUCCGUAUCCAUAUGGAGCAAAAUUUACCAUUGAUGGCAGCCGGGAAAUACUGACAUCAUUAGAUAUUUCCAGAAAAGGAAAACUUGAUGCAAGAACAUUUGCUCACUUAUGGACACUCAUCACCCAAUAUAAGGAUCUUUUUUCUAUAAUGGACACCAAUCACUGUGGAUUCCUCCGUUUGACCGAAUUCCUCACGAUAACACAGAAAGCAGGGUUCAAUGUCCACAACGAUCACCUACAACAGCUUUUUGCUCGAUAUUCAGACGCCGAAGGGAAAUUGAGCUUUAUCGACUACCUUAUCUGUAUGAUGCGACUGAAGGGCGCUCUGAAAACUUUUGACACGCUGUCCACUGAUGGUAAAGGAGCGUACAUUCAUUUCGAGAAGUGGAUGCAGUUAAUGAUGUAGAACUUCUGCCUUGUGCAUUGAUGCUGAAUGCAUGAAUAAGGUUUGCUUCAUAAAAAAAGUAAAACCCCACCUGAAACUGACCAUCACUGGCCAGAAGUACAAGAACCAUCAAUGUUCUGGAUUACUGGACUUCGUGUUAUAUCUGUUACUUUGUAUCGAUUCAUAUAAAAAAUCCUAUCUUGGACUUUUCAUGCCUUCUGUGCAAUGAUGACAUC